CAGGAGGACACACAGCUUUGCGGGGCUUGUGCUCCGACCGAAAAUUAUGGGUCCCCCUAUCUGUCCUUGGACCAGUUGGCGAGGUGGGACUAUCGCUGCACCCGGGCGCUGGCCAGCAACGCUUGGUGGGAGGCGUUCCCCACCAAGGUCCCUUCUCUGCUCGAUUGCUGUCGCCUCAAGCUCGAGCAGAUGGUGCUCCUCGGCCAAGUGACCAUCCUGCAGCUGAGCCCGCUCGUGGAGCACUACAUCGCCAGACUCCCUCGCCGCCACGCCGCGCGUUUUGUGACUUCGCUCUUUGCCAAGAGCAUCACGCACUGGUUCCCGUGCAAGUCCUUACUGGGCAAGAUCCACACGUUCGUUCCGUACUCGACAUUGCAGCACGCAACGCUGGAUUGCGAUGUCGACGACACCCACAAGUUCAACUUUCCAGUGCGCCAGGACGGCUACUUCUGCGCUCAAUGCCAUGUGAUCGCCUGCAGCGAUCAUCUCCGGGAGUGCGUGGGCUGCGGCGACAUGGUGUGCGACGAAUGCGGCGCUCAGUCAUGGGAGGCGAUGGUGCCGGAUUACACCCGAGAAGAGUGGAUUGACGCGGGCAGGCCCACACCGAUCCCCACCACGUGCCAGGAGGAUGUGUACGGCUGGGUGGUUGAAGAAACGAACAACACUCAAGAGUGA